AUUUAAUUAAGGAAUUGUUCAGUCAGAUUCGUGAGCAAGCCGUGGGCUCGUGAACAAUGUGAAAAGAUCCGAUCAAAAAGAAAGAUUCGUUCACGAAUAGGAGGACAUCGCUAAUAUGCAGAGCCCCCUGUGUCAUAGCCGAUGCAAGCGGUUUAUUGAACACAGAGCGGCUCCGUUUGAGCUUCUCGGCUGAGUCGAGAUUAUUUUCUACCUGGUCACCGACGUUGAACGUAUGAACAUGCUAUUUUCGACGAGAGGUGACAAGUCCAACUAAAAAACGGAAAUGGCUUGGUUCCACCAGGCUUUACAAGGCUCAGGCCAGCCAGAUGGAUCCAUGAUGCCCCCUACAGUGGAAGAUCUGUCCCAUACACAGGUCUCCAAGCACACCAUUACACAGUUAGGGAUGCCUGAUGGACAAGGUUGGUCAACACGUCCUCCAGUUUCCAUCACAGACUUUCCGCCUGCUUCCGUUCCCCAACGUCUGGAGGCACUGUCCUGCACAUCUCUCAACGUGGGCUCCAGAGAAGACUCCUUGCCGCUGUCUUUUGUGACGCUUCAGGAGCAAAGAUGUGUAUUAAGUUGGUUUUUAGGAUGGAACGCUGUCCAGAAACAACGCUUUCUGGAAGAUAUGAUUUCGAAGGCUGUGCCCGGAAAGGUGUCCAGUUUAUUAGACCAACUCAACACACUGCAGGUGAAUGAUCGCCCACCCAACAUUUUUGAAUGCCAGAUAAGACUGUGGACUCAGUGGUUUGAUUCAUGGAGCGAAGAGGAGAGAAAUGCCUUUUUGAACAACUUGGAGGAGAAGGAUCCAGCCUUUAUUGCGUACUUCUAUAGCCGCGUUGCUGGAACAGCAGGCAGAGAUUGAGGUUCUUCAUACAGUGUUUUUUUUGUUGUUUGUUUUCUCACUCUUCAAAAUAAAACUGAAAUCAAGUCUUAUAUGGACUAUUCUGAUGUUAAAGGGCUUUGAAAAGCUAUGUGCACGUGAGUGUUGUUUUCAGGCACUGAUGACCCUCAGAAUGUUUUGUUCAGAUGAAAAAAAAAAAAAAAAAAAAAUCUUAUGAAAUUUUUUCUAAAAUAAAUGUUUUUUUCACUA